GUCGGUGCCCUUGGGAAGGUUGGAGGUCAGCAGGUGGAGUCAGAACACUGAGUCAGAGCGGAUCACGUUUCAGCAGUGUGAACAGAAAUACCUGACACUUGAUUCACCAAGCAACACCAGAGAUGUUUCACUGCCUGACACCCCGUCUCCACUGAUCUCCAUGAGAAACACUGCCAAACCACUGCGAGAUGUUGGAAACGUUUCACCUGUAACACCAAUACCUUGCAUGUCAUCAACCGCCCUAAGGACCAGUCUACUUAUUGACACACCUGCCACAGUUCCAUUGUUGAGCUCCCACACUGCAGCACCACACCAAAAAGCGAAUCCAUGUGCUUGUCAGACAUUAUUAGCCUCAGGUUCCAAACAUAAAGCUGACACACCAAUGCAGUUUUAUCCCAGCAAGAUUUCUAAGAAGAUGAACACAGUUUCGGUUGGGGAACAGGCACGACAGAAUAUGUCCGGUCGUGGAGUUCAGACAAAAACCAGUAUCACCCGUCGCAGCAUACAGACUGUCAUGACUAAUAGGACUCAGUCAACACAAGCCUCUUUUCCAUUGAUGGCGAAGAAAUAUAAAUCCUCUGGAACACAGACUUACGAAAGACACACAACUACAGCAACACAAACAGUUCAAUCAAAUGUUCAGUGUUCAACACGAACUGAGACAACAGGCUACGUGGAGACUUGUGUACGGUACAAACAGAUGCUUUUGUUCAAUCUUCCACCCGGGAAAAGUCAUCUCCAGGACAAAGGUUUCAGGAUCCCACUUCGCCAGUGCUUGAUCAGUCUGACCAUAAUCCUUCAUUUGGUGAAACGGCAUCACAUGAUGAGACUUAUGAGCCUUCCUCGUUGUCAUCUUCGGCAUCUUCACAAGAAACAUCAUCAACAACAGCUGACCAGGAAGCGUCACAGACUAGAAAACUCAUUGUUUGUGAGGACUCUCGAGACAAUCUUCUUUUGAAAGUUCCAUGCAGUACAUGCCAAGCUCCAGUGGUGAGCAUGAGGAAACAUGUUAUGGGCACUCACCUUAGAUGUAGCCUGACAUGUUUGAAUGGCCAUGAAUUUUUGUGGUCAUCACAACCUUUCAUUGCAAUUCAGUAAAGUCAUACAAGAGUUGAGAAGUUUUUGUAUUUCUUUUAUUAUUCACUCACAUAUAUCUUUUGUUAUUCACUCACACCAAGUUAAAUCAACAUAGAAAGAUUUUUUAUUAAAAAAAAAAUAGUACUGUCCAUUCAUGCUUCCAAUCAAAUAUAAGGCAACUGCGGUCACAUCUACAGGAUAAUUAUUUCUAUAAUGUAACUGAGUUGACCAUUUCAGACUGCUUUGAAACUGACAUAACUCUUUGAUGGAGCGGGAAAUUUCUCUCGAAUCUUGGUCACCACACAAGAGGGAGCAGCUCUUCUGUUACCUCAUCCCAGUCUUCCAUAUACCCAGGAUGUGAAUGCUUUAUAUGCCAGAAGGCGGUAGGUCCUGAAAAAAUAAAGAUAAAAAAAUUAAUCUAUUCAUUUUUUAAGAACGUGAAAGUAGUAAAUAUCUUGGAUUAUGAAUAAGAAAAUAAAUACCUAUUAUAUUAUUAUAUAUCUGUCCCUCUGAGUUACAUGUCGGUCCUGGGAUCGAGAUGCUGAACCUCUUCUGCUCCUUGGACCUGCCUGAUCCAUCCUGGUGCCCUGUGUCUGGUUGGAGUCUCAUCGCAUCGCUCCUGUGGAGGACGGCCCCAUGAGGACAGUUGAAAGUCACACCUGGAGGACGCUCUGGACUCUUACAGUAAUGCUUUUAUGGCUGAGGACUACAGUUGACUUGCUAACUUUAGGACUGCAGUUGUCAUGAAUAGUUUUGCACUCAAGUUUCCAUCAAUGAAGAGUUUAUAACAUCAACGAAACUGACUUCAUGUUAAAACCGUUAAUGUUAUAGUCAUGUUGUCUGUUGUUGCCCAAAUGAGGAUGGGUUCCCUUUUGAGUCUGGUUCCUCUCGAGGUUUCUUCCUCAUGUCGUCUGAGGGAGUUUUUCCUUGCCACCGUCGCCACAGGCUUCUCAUUGGGGAUAGAUUAGGGAUAAAAUUAGCUCAUGUUUUAAGUCGUUCAAAUUCUGUAAAGCUGCUUUGCAACAAUGUUUAUUGUUAAAAGCGCGAUACAAAUAAACUCGACUUGACUUGACUAUUAUCCAAAUCUUUUCCGCCAUACCCACGAAUAUCCGUCAUAAUUGUCAUCAGUACUCCUAGGACCCCAGGUGUCAAUCACACCAACUGAAAAUCUGUGUUUUGCAUGAUGCACUUUUCACCAUCUCCGAGUGAUACAGCUGAAAUCUCUUUGCAACACAAACAUUUGUAUUCAGUGUUCAUCUUGCAACAGUUUUCACACUCGCACCACGAAGAAACCGGCAUGUUCAUCCGAUCACGGCUCUCUUCAUCACUGACAUCACUAUCUGAAGAUGAUGCGUCGUCAGAACUAGAAUCAUCCUGGUCCUUAUCCUGUCGUCUUUCCAACUCUGCUCUACUCCAUGUUGGUUCGAAGUUGUAUGGAAUAAUCUCUAUCACUGAUGAUGCUGGCAAAUCUCAAAAUUAAUCUAAAUUGGAAUGAUAUGGCGAUCUGGCCGCUGUGUAAACAGUUUUCAAAAUGGUGGCACUGACACUUCACGUUUGAAGUCUCGCACAAGUCUCGUGAAGAUCGCGCGAAUAAGCGACGCUUGCCGUGGACCAUAUGAACUACAUUCAACAUGGCUAAAAACCAAAAAGGCUGAUAAGUGUAAUAUAAUAUGCCAAUACGAGUCACGAUAUAAGGUUAAUAAAACCGAAAGUGUAAUUGAAUAACACGUUAAUUAGGAAA